AUGUCGUCUCAACAGGCUCUUGACGCCCUUGGCCAUGCCGUGUCUGGGUCCGUGGGGACAGCCAUAUCAACUGCAUCAUUAUAUCCAUUGGACCUGGUCACCACUAGACUGAAGGCGCAACGAAAGACAGGAGGCCCCCCCGGUGAUUACGAUGGUGUCGUUUCAGCGCUCAAAGGAAUUGCGGCAAACGAAGGUGGAAUCAAAGCUCUCUACAGUGGAUUGGGGACAGAUGUGGCCAAGUCGGUCGUUGACAGUUUUCUAUUCUUUGGUUUCUACAACUAUCUACGCCCUCGGCAUCGAAAGCCCAAGAUCGUCGAAGAGCUCCUCGUGGGUGCUGUAGCGGGCGGCUGUGCCCGUGCAUUGACUACUCCCAUUUCUAAUGUUGUAACGAGGAAGCAGAUGUUGAGAAGUGAUCAGUCACUUAUGGAGAUUCUCACCGAGAUCAGAAGUGAGAGUGGUUUGCUGGGUCUCUGGUCUGGGUAUUCAGCUACUUUGAUGCUUACACUCAACCCCAGCAUCACCUUCUUUGUCAAUCGACGGCUAGCAGCACGCAUUAUACCAGCGCUCGAAGAGGAAGACGUCCCAGUAGCAUGGGUCGCAUUUUUGAUUGCCGCCACAAGCAAGGCUAGUGCUACUGCCCUCACGUAUCCUCUCCAAACUGGCAAGACACGUCUUCAAAUGGCGGGUAGCUCGGUCGACGUGGCUGAUACGAACCAUGAGAAAACACGCAAAGAGGGCUCAAGGAAGUCGAAGCAUAUCCUAAGAAGGAUUGCUGAUUUUUUGAACCAAUCCAUAUAUGGUGUCAUUAUUCGCAUUAUUGCCAACGAAGGAGUGAGAGCGCUCUACGCUGGACUUCAAGGCGAGCUACUUAAGAGCUUCUUCAGUCAUGGUUUGACAAUGCUCACCAAGGGCGUUAUCCAUAGAUUUGUUGUUCGCAUAUGGUUCAUGGUACUGCUGCCCUAUGUACGACAACGAAGGCUGCAGGUAAAAUAA